AACCGCAUCAUUGUGUGUGAAUAUGCAAGCGGUUUGGUAGUAUUACUCACUCAUUGUUUCUGUGCCACUGUAGUCAAGUCUUGCUUUUGUUCAUGUUGCAAGUUUUUACCUUGGAAUUUUUGUGCCUCGUUUCAAGAUUUUUGGACCUUGCCUUUUUGCCACGUGUUUUUUGUGCUUUGACAACUGCCUGAACUAAACUACCCUCGAAAAUCAUGUCCCUGCUGCGGAGUCCUGCCUUUGGGUCUUACCCAUGUUGCUUGCUCGUGACAGUUCUUUGUUGUUCUUGGACACUCAUGGGUCCAUAUGGUGUCGACAGGACUGUUCAUUCCAUGGACUUUACGGAUUGCGAAAAUGGCUUGGGAAUUAAAGUGAUUGGUGGAGUGAAGGAGCUAACUGGAGAAGAGUUUGGCGUUUAUGUUAAAAGGAUUUUACCUGGUGGCCUUGCUUCAAGUGAUGGAAACCUGUUACCAGGAGACCAAAUCUUGGAGGUAAAUGGAGAAGGUCUAAUCGGUGUCACAAGUGAAAGAGCUGUGGACAUCUUGAGAGCAGCUUCAGCAACCAAUCACAUGCGACUUCUCAUAGCCCGGGAUGAGGAGGCAAAGAAAGAAUUUGCUGAGCUACUGGAAAAAUAUGGCUCCAACGGUAGCACAGGAUCAACACGCAACUCUCCGAUACAACAAGGAGGUCGCUACCUGGAAAGUACUUCAUCUGGUUCCUCAUCUCGCUCCCAGAGUCCUUUGCUGUUAAGCCCGGCUGGGACUCAGAACAUGUACAACAGCAGUGGAUCAAUGCUGCGCUCACUCAGUCAUCCAGGUGAAGGAGUGAUUCAACUAAUUUCUGUGACUCGAUCCAGCAGUAUGGGCAUCACUCUUGGAGGUGGCUCCAACCGCCCUGAUGGCCCGGCAGUUUUCAUCCAGGAGGUCCUGUCUGGUGGAGACUGUCACCGGGAUGGACGUCUCAGGCCAGGAGAUCAACUCAUUGCCAUUAACAAGGAAUCCUUGAUAGGUGUAACUCACGAGGAGGCCAAAAGUAUCCUGCACAAAGCCAAAAUCAGUCAAGAAAGUGCAAUGGAGAUUGCAUUCAUCCCAGGUAAAGGACUUUUCCAAAGCAGUGCAUCUCUCCACAAUGGUGUCCAGCGAACAGCAGCCAACAGUUACAACUUUGGACGCUUAAAAGUCCACAUCCGAUCAUCUGAGAUCUGUGCAGAGGAGCCUGCCCCAGUUUCCUCACCUUCUCCUGAGAUCUGUCCACCAGAUAUCCACAUUUCAGAUUCGACCAAUCAGAGGUCACCCACAGGGACUAAACCUAAGAUCACACUGGACCCCUGUAUACGACUCAAAUCAGACAAGGUGGAUUUGGCUCUGUCCUUCAUUGGCUUGGAUGUCACAGAUGAAAAAAGAAAGAAGCUGCGACAGACCCUGACUACAGACCCGCAAGGCACCGUGGCCUAUGGAGACUUUGUAGAAGCCACACGGACCAUUUUCCAGGACAACCUGGAGGAGCUCAGUUUAGGGGCAGCUCCCUUCAUGUUCUCCUACCACGAAGCAGCCAGUCUGAUGGACACGUCGGCAUUCCACUCCCCUACGUAUGAAUCGGAGUGCAAUUCCAACAGGGAGGAGAUGGAGCAGUUUCAAACAGAGGUGAAACAGCUGCAAACCCAGAUGAAGCAGCUGAAGGUGGUGCUAAAGGAUAUGGAGCACAGCAAGAAAACUCUUGAGGAUGAGCUGCAGAAGACCUCUGAGAAAGCGUGUUUAACAGUGGAGGAGAAUGUCCGUCUGAAGAGCCGCCUGCAAGCAGCAGAAGCUGUGGUGGUGCAGCGUAACGUGAGCAGUGCCGAGCAGGACUAUGAGGAGGUGAUCCAGCUCCUGGAGGCAGAGAUUAAAGACCUAAAGAACCAGUUGGCCAGCAAGAGACAAAUGGGAGGAGGAGAAGCCACAAAGGAAGAGGUGCAGGAACUGAGUCGGCGGCUGACAGCCAUUGACUGUCAGCUUCGGAAGUCUGAGUUCAACAGAAAACAUCUUGAGAUGUCCAACAAGAGACUUUUGGGCUUUGCACAGAAUGUCCACAAAGUAUUAACAACACCCAGUCUGUUUGGAGGAGAACUUGGGAGUAACAGAUCGUCACCAGCUACAGAUAGUCCAGAUACCCUAUCGCCACUUCCUGAUCCCGCUUUGCAGCUGGCUGUGGAGGCCAAAGAGCUGGUGCAGGGUGUUUGCAAGCUUCCUACUGACGACCAAGUGACGGAGGAGGAAGUAUCUCCAGAUGUCAGCCCUCACUCCAAGUGUACCAAAACGAUGACAGAAGAAAUAGAACAAACCUACCCAGAUGAUGAAAACCACUCGGAAUGUCCACAAAGUAUUAACAACACCCAGUCUGUUUGGAGGAGAACUUGGGUAAGACAAUCAGUCGCAUGGUCAGCUGUCCACAGUCCCAUUCUGUUAAUUUACCACUGCGGUUUGUGUUGCAUGUGUCAGGAGUAACAGAUCGUCACCAGCUACAGAUAGUCCAGACACCCUAUCGCCACUUCCUGAUCCCGCUUUGCACUAUUGAACACAUUAAUGCCAAAGCUUGCAAGUAUGCAUCCAAUCAGGCAUCCUCACUUUCCAGUGUGGCUUCUGCAGAUGGACUCACUUAAGACGUGACAUAUUUCCCCUUCUAUGGACCUUGACAGACAUCUCAAUGAGAACAGUUCUGCUGUUAUUUUAACUUCAGUUGUGUCAGUUUGUGCAGACAAAAUAGUUCUCCAUGAACAUUUUUUUACCCUUUCAAUACGUGCACACACACAAAAUCAAACUGCAUGUAAAAGGACAAUCUAAUUCCACGAGUCUCUGUAAGAACUCCCCUCUAUCUGCUUCUUCUGUCAUAGAUGUUAUGAACUGCUAAGAAAAAGUAGUAAGUGAUCCUCAGCCCUCCAUUGCUUUACUUAUUUCUCCUAAUGUGAAUUGAAGCAGAGCAGGAUUUAGCAUUGGAACACCACCAACGUGAACAUUGUUCAGUCACUACGAUUGCAUGCUGUGAGGUGCACUCUUGUAAUUCCUGUUGUAUUCUCUUGUGUUGUUGGUAGUCAAGAGUCUAAACCACCACCCGUUAUGGUUCUGUACAUUUCUAUGAACAAUGCACUUACUGUAUAAACAUAUUGUCACGUUCUGUCAUUCAACCAGACAGAAUGAGGUGUUGUGGCCUCAUUCUUUCUGUUACAGUUUUUUUAAUAAAGGAACAAAUGAUAUCUGGACAGUAUCAUUAUACAAAUUCAAAGGAAUAAUUGAAGAGCUGAAACAGCAUUGGGUUUCAGCCUGU